UGUGGGGAGGACUUGGGUCGUUUAUGUCACCGGAAAAUACAAGCUAGCUAACGUUACGUAGCUAGCAAGGGUAGGAUAAGCAUCUAUUUAUUUACCUUCGAGGACCUGCUCAAUGUUAACCAGGUGGACGACCUGCAAUGGAAUAUUCGUUGCUGUACGCUACAAAUCACCAACUCCAAAAUGACUCGAGAUUUCAAACCUGGAGACUUGAUUUUCGCCAAGAUGAAAGGAUAUCCCCACUGGCCAGCCAGGAUUGAUGAAGUUCCUGACGGUGCAGUGAAACCCUCCAACAUAAAGUUUCCCAUUUUCUUCUUUGGUACUCAUGAGACUGCAUUCUUGGGACCCAAAGACAUAUUUCCUUACUUGCCGAACAAGGAAAAAUACGGAAAACCGAACAAAAGGAAGGGAUUUAAUGAAGGCCUGUGGGAAAUAGAGAAUAAUCCGAAGGUGGAGCUGACGGGACAGAAGAUGAGGCCCGUUGGCAUGGCGACGGACAGCGGCCCAGAGCAGGAGGAGGAAGAAGGGAAGACGCCAGACAAGAGAAGAAAGUCCUCGUCUGCUAAAGUGGGCGGCAGUGAGGAGGAGCAGGAGGCGGAGUCCGGGGUCAUAGAUGCACCUCUGACCCCAACCGAGGAUGCUCAGAAAGGUACCACUGACACUCCACCAAAACCCAAACGGGGAAGGAAGAAAAAGAGCGAAGUGGAACAGGAUUCAGAAAAAGACGACGAGGCCGCCAGCCCUACGUCUAGCCCUGCAGGUGGCGAGGCCACUCCUAAACGUCGAGGCAGAAAGCCCAAGGCGGAGAAGAUGCUGUUUCUGCAGCAGCAGGCGUCGCAGGACCUGCGCAGCUCCAGCAGUGAAAUGGAUGUGGUGGAGAUGGACAGAAAGCGGAAGAGGGGAACGGAGGACAAGAGCCGGGGCCAGAAAGCGGAGGAGGAGAAGAAGAGCGACGGCAGGAGGAGGAGAGAGGAGGAGCAGCUGAAGGAGCAGGAGGGGAAGGAGGAGCCCGAGGGGAAGCGCAGGAGGAACGGCCGAGAGGAGAGCGCGUCCGACACCGAGGAUGAGGAGAAAAGCAAGAGCGCGCCCGGCAGGCGACGCAACGCGGCCAAGCCCCAGCAGGUCUCCAUGGAGACGGAACGAGAGGACAGGCGACGCAAACAGGAGGACGGCAAGACCGCUGAGCAGAACAAAGAGGAUGGAAAGAAAGUAGAAGACAGGAAAGGAGAGAAGAAAAAGGAUUUGUCCACAGAGUCCAGACUGCAGCGAUUACAUGGAGAGAUCAAAGUUUCUCUGAAGAUCGACAACCCUGAUGUGAAGAAGUGUCUGGCGGCUCUGGACGAGUUGGGCACACUCCAGGUCUCCACUCAGCACCUGCAGAAACACAGCGAGCUCAUCGCCACCCUCAAAAAGAUCCGCAGGUUUAAGGCCUGCCAGGACGUGAUGGACAAGGCCACCAUGCUGUACAAUAAGUUCAAGACCAUGUUCCUGGUGGGGGAGGGCGACUCCGUCAUCAGCACCGUCCUCAACAAGUCCCUGGCCGAGCAGCGGCUGCACGAGGAGGCCAAGCGCGGUGCGCUGAAGAAGGCCGAGCAGGAGCAGAACGCAGAUAAGACUGUAAACGGGGACAGCAGCUCUGAGGAGAAGCAGGACAGCCGAGAGAAACCUGCAGAGGACGCCGCAGCGCUGGAGCUAAACAGUGUUCCUAAGGCCCAGGAGGAGUCUGCCUGAAGCUGAAGCCACACAUGCAGCCCUGGAAAUGAAGUCAAAGAGCCUUACUGAACCAAGUUACCCCACACCAAAACCCCCACUGUGCAAUCCGAGGAGAAGCCCCCCCCCCCCCCCCCCCGUCUGCCUCUGGAUACCAGCCACCUGUAGGGCCUGCUGUGAUUUGGUCUGUGUUUUAGAUUUUUAAGUGUUAAUGAGUGUCUCUCCGUCACGAUCAUUUCAACCGAAGUGCUCCCCCAUCGUCCCCCCGCCAACGUCGUCUCGGCCCUCGCGCACCUCUGCUUCCGUUGCCCGCCAUUUUAAUUUUCCCGCCUUUUUUUUUUUUUUUUUUUUUACCUCGCAGCCGCCAUUUCUGUAUUUCUCUGUAAUGAAGGAUCCACGGCAGCUUGCAAGGCUGUACGGUGGCGAACGCGGUCUACGGUCUGUCGCUAGGACACGCUUUCCGCCAGCGUUUUUUAAACAUUCCCGUGUGUACGCCCCUCUGCUCACGCCUUUACAUCCCGCAACACCUCGCGCAUAACGCAGCUUUUCGCCCAGUUCCGGAAGUAGACUUGUAGACUGUGUGGCUCGUCCCGAGUACUCGUGCUUCAAGUAGCCGAAGAGGAGUUGUGUCUGAAAACAUUUGCACACUCGUGGUCCAUCUCCUUUCUUUAGUAUAGAUUGUACAUAUUUCUUAAAUCCGUCAUUUCAGAGCAGUUGUACUGCCAAAGGAAGAGUUACUGAAUAGUGUGCCAAGGUUUUAUUUUGCCAACUUACUGUAUGUUGUUCUGUUGUGUUUUUUUUUUGUUUUUUUUUUAAACGUCUGCCAGUUUAAAAGUUGCCCAUUUUUCUGACUCAUCACUGUAAAUAAGAGUAUUUUUGUGUGUGAAUCUGUUUUUUUCCUCCAUUAAUAAAAGCAGUAACCUUCAUCCAUAA